UUUUUUUUUUUUUUCGGCAUAAUGGCGUUGACCGUCAUCUUUUCGUUGGUUUCGCUCGUUGAGCUACAGAGGUACGGAAGCGCGGAUACUUAGGGGAAGGCAGCGAAAUUUCGAGCCGGAUUGCCAGAAAGCUCCACAGCGCGAAACCAUUGUGGAGAACGGUGUCGAUGGCCACCGUCGUAAGGAUCAAGCGCAAGGCCGAUGAGAACCCAGCAGAUACGAUCGUGCUAGCCCCGAAGGCAGCCAAACUAUGGCAUGACGAAGACCGCGACUUCACGCUCACGUACGCUGGCACCUUUAAAGAUCCGAAUUGCAAAGAGGCGGACGAAGCUAUCCGUCAAGUGAAGGAUUCUAAGAAGCAGUUGAGGACAGACCCGAAGACCCACACUGUAGACAUUGCAUCCAAAGUGCGCGAGGAGCACCGCUCAGCGAGCAAGAAGAGCAGGCUAAAGUUGCUGCUCCAGCAUCGAGCAAUCAUCGAGGAAGUCCACUCUGAAGAAAUCGACGACAAGGACUUGGAAUCGCCACACAAGACCGUCAACAGCUUGUUCAGGCUGUACGACGUUGUGGCAGAAGACUUCCAAAAAGAAGAGAACGCCAGUCAUGAGGAUGCAGCUACAGAGAACGCCUCAACCAUAACGUGCAACGACGUUGCCAUGGUGCUUGAAAAAGUCAAACCACCGGAAUUGGAAGAGGACUUUGUCUACGACGUCUACUACUCUCAUUCUGAGCUGAACUUGCUUGACAAACCCGACCUUUCUGUGUUCCAGUGUCUAGCCCCCGAGGACUUUGAACCAGAAGCUGCGUACGAGUCCGAUUUAGGUCUCGAUGAUGAUGACAGUGACAGCAAUGCAGAGGACAACUGGAGAAACUUUUAUCCAGAUGAAGAAACAGACUUUGAGCGACAACUUGACUAUUAUGGAGACUACUCGGAUGAUGGUGGGACAGACUUCGUAAGCGACAGGGUUCGCAGUCUCUGCUUAGACAUUGAUGAUGACCUUAGCACAGAAGACUAACAUGUGCACAAACAAGAAUCACCUUCCCAUUUAUUUAUAUAUCAAUUUUGUAAAAAGGUGUCCAUAAUAGCGAUUGUUUAUUUUUAUUUCGUAGGGUUUCUUGCGUUCAGAAGUCAGUAGCAAUAAAAUGUUUCUAGAAAUAUA